GUUGGUUGGAGUAAGCAUCUGCCAGAGGAGCUAAGUGUCCUAAGGGACAGAUUGUGCAAGAAAAGGCGAUCCUGUAGGUAACUCGGACCCAAACCAUGUAGGGAAAUUGAAUGGUUUCCAAAUAGCAAGGGGAACAGACAGCUGUACUCGUUAAUGUUCGUAGAAUGCUGCAAAGAGUAGAGCUUUCCUUGCACUACAAUUCUACAUUGGAAGCAAAUGGCAGACAGAAAAAAGUUAAUAUUUUUUGGAAAAUAAAUGGACAACAGCUGUGCUAAGAAACCGGUUGUAGAGAGGCACCCAGUAGAGAAUCUAUUCAGAGGAGGAGGCUGGAUUUGAAGGAGAAUUAAGGUAUUGUGCCAAGUGAGUUACUCCUUGUACACUGGAUCUUUGCAACAGAAGGAAAGUUCAGGUUUUCCUCCUCACAAAGUCUGAAGAAGAAUGGACUGAAGUUCAAUAUUUUGGCCAUUUCCACCAGCAGACAUUGCUCUAAGGAGAAAAUGUUGAUAUCUUUCUUUUGGGAUCAGUAAUACUUUAUCAACCAAUUUCUCUGGACAUCUUUAACUUUGAGGUUGAUUGGAAGACCAGGGAAAGAAUUCCUGGGCAACUCGGGUCAGCUGAAUACACUUCCAACCUCCCAGAAUCACAAUAAGCCAUGGCAAAACCUAAGAAGAAAGAAGAAGCUGUCUUUCUGAGGAAGAAAAUCACUCUCUUGAGAGCUUUCUCACUUCUCAUUGGCAGCAUGAUAGGGAGCGGCAUAUUCAUCUCUCCCAAAGGCGUGCUGAAAAAUUCUGGCAACGUGGGUCUCUCUUUGAUCGUCUGGUUUGCCUGUGGGAUUCUCUCUAUGUUUGGUGCUUUGAGUUAUGCAGAACUUGGCACACGUAUCACAAAGUCUGGAGGUCAUUACAUCUAUAUCUUGGAGACCCUGGGCCCUCUGCCAGGUUUCUUGUUUCUAUGGGCUGAGUACUUUGCUAUAAGGCCAGCCAAUAGUGCGGUGGUUUCCUUGGCAUUUGGACGUUACAUAUUGGAGCCAUUUUUUGCCCCCUGUCCAGCUCCACUGCUGGCUGUGAAACUUGUUGCUCUUCUCGGCUACUACAUUGUCCUAAUUUUGAACUCCUGGAGUGUCAGCUGGAGUGCCAGGAUUCAGACUAUUUUAUCCAUCAUUAAGUUGGCAGCUCUUGCUCUCAUCAUUGUGCCAGGCAUGAUGCUUCUAGCCCAAGGUCACACAGAAAAUUUCCAGGAUGCUUUCAACAAUCAGAUGCUGGUUCUGGACAAACUACCACUAGCUUUUUAUGCAGGAAUGUUUGCCUAUUCAGGAUGGUUUCAGACAUGUUUUGUGAGAGAAGAACUAGUGAAGCCAGAACGAAAUCUUCCUCUGGCUGUGAUUGUCUCUGUGAUCACUGUGAUUGUGGGAUAUAUGCUUACCAAUGUUUCCUAUUACACUGUACUGACAGCAGCAGAUGUUUUGGCCUCCCAGGCGGUAGCUGUGAGUUUUGCACGCCAAGCUUUCCAGAGCCUUAUAUCUGUGAUUCCUAUCCUGGUUUCCUUGUCGUGUUUUGGAACCAUGAAUGGAGGAAUUUUUACAUUUUCAAGGACAUUGUUUGUGGCUUCAAGGGAAGGUCAGUGGCCUUCCCUCUUCUCCAUGAUCCACAUUCAAAGGCAUACACCCCUGCCAGCUGUUAUGCUGAUGUUUCCUUUGGUCACGGCUAUGAUUUGUGUGGGAGAUCUUUACCACCUACUGAACUUCUUCAGCUUCUCCCGGUGGCUUUUCAUAGGAUUAGCUACCCUUGGCCUUAUAGUUCAUCGUUGCCGUCAUCCUGAGAUACUGAGUCCAUUCAAGGUUCCUCUCUUCAUCCCAGUUUCCUUUACUAUCAUCUGCCUUUUCACGGUGGGAAUGUCCUUCUAUUCUGACCCAGUCAGCAUCAGCAUUGGAUGUGCCAUGGUUUUAAGUGGCUUUCCAGUGUACUACUUGCUCAACAAUGGAUCAAUGCCAAAUGGGUGUCGAACCACAUUUCAUUAUCUUACGCUGCAGCUUCAAAUUCUCUUGAAGGUGGUGCAACAAGAGAUCAGGACCUACUAAGGAGCAUAACAAGGAAAUCAAACAAAAACCAUCUGUACCAUAUACUUUCAAACUCCAGUUUUGUAAAGCUUUUCUCCGUUAGCUUACAUUCAAUGUCUCACUUUACUGCACAUCAACAUGGGACCUACUGAUUCCAGAGUGUUCAGUGCCUUUAACAUUAAAUACAAAAUAUCCCAAGAGGUCAAAGAGACAAACAUGCUUGAGUAUUCAGCUACACCUUAAAUUGACUAGAGGGCAAAAUCUUUAUCCUGGCAAGAGAAAUUUCGUCCUUCACACAUUUAAUGAAGGUUUUGCCGGUAGGCUGUUAGGAAUUGUGGGAGUUGAAGUCCAAAACACCUGGAGGGCCGGAGUUUGCCCAUGCCUGCUCUACACUGUUGAAUUAAUGCAGAUUGAUACCAUUUUAACUGCCAUGGCAUAAUGCUGUGGAAUCCUGGGAAUUGUAGUUUUACAAGGUUUUAGCCUUUUCUGCCAAAGAGUGCUGAUACUUCACCAAACUACAGGAUUUUAUGACGUUGAAUCAUGGCAGUCAAUGUGGUAUCAAACUGCAUUAAUUCUAUCGUGUAGAUGUACCCUCAGUCAAAGAACCCUGAGUUUGCAAGAUCUGAGUGGGUUUUUGAUGCCCAGGACUCUUGUAGGUUUCCCAUUUGUAGAGUCAAAGCUGACUUGAUGGCAAUAACAGCAACAAGUGUUAUCUAUAUCAAUCCAUAUCAAGUAAAUAUUUAAUGGGUUAUAAUUGUUAUAGGCAUAUAUUUAUCAAGGUAAUACAAAGAUUUUUGGAGUAUUUGGGAUUUUUGGAGUUCUGGAUAAGGGAUGUUAAAGAGGAACAUCCCUUAGAAAGAGGAAAAUGUAUAGCCUGCACUAUAUGGAACAUACUUCUUUAUGUUAUUUUUCUCUCAGAUGUGACCCAUGUUCUUCUUUCAAUCAGCAUGAUGUGAAUAUCUUACUUAUAAUUAAAUCCAAGCAAUACAAUAGUUAUUGAGGUAUAUACAUUGUAUAAAAUUAGAGACAAGAAUCAAGAACACAAUAUACAAAAUGCUAUAUGUAUAUUUAUAGGGGUCAAAUACCCUCCUGAGUAGAAAAGAAGCUUUAUUGUAGUAAAGCUAGAUCAGAUAAUAUUUCAGAAUUGGCAAAUGCAUUGAGUUAUUGCAGAAUUAGCUGCUAUAGUUCUCAGGAUUUUUUAAAAAUAAAUAAUAAAUAUUAUAAUGA